AUGGCGGAAUUCAUUGACCGUUUGGAGCGUCAGGGACUCUUUCAUGCGGUUGAAGCUCUAACAAAAGAUGUAGAUUCGAAAGCCAUGGUGGAAAUACCAAUAGAAAUAUUAGCACGUGGACCAAAAGCACAGAAAGCUUUUAAUGAAGCUCUAUCUGAGGGUGAAACAGAGGUUAAUCAUGGAACAACAAUUUUCCUCGGCCUUGAGAGAGUUGGCAAGACAUCUACUAUAGGGUCAUUUUUAAAGCAUCCUUUCAAUGCAAAUGAGGAUAUCACUGACGCAAUAGCAAACACACGAACCGUGAUCCCCCAGGAGUCAAGCGAUGAAUUAUAUUGGAAGGAAACAGAUCAGUCCGGAGCUACUGGCAUCUAUGAGGAAAAAAUGGUAGAUGCAAUUGUGAAAGAAUUAUCAGAGAAAGAAAGAGGAAAUAAAGUGCCAGUAGCAAUUGCAAAUAAUACCAAGAUAUCACCAGAUAUCGUAGAUAAAGCAGAGAUGUCAACAGACAAUAUUGAAGGACAAUCAUCAUCGGGAGGCUCCAGAAGUGUGGGAACAGAGCCAGAGAGAAAAAAAAGACGUAAAAAUACACAGACACAACCGAUUGAUACAGUUCCUGAAAAAAUCGCCAGUAAAGUUCAGGAGAGGAUGAAUCAAAUAAAGUUCAAAGGAGAAGCAACAACUGAAUGGCAAAAAUCUGGCAAAGAUUUUAUUAUGAACAUCUGGGAUUUUGGAGGCCAGCCAAUAUACCAUGUGAUACAACGAAUAUUUCUGGUGUCAUUUGCCAUUGUUUGUGUGGUAUUCAAUCUGGAAGAUGACCUUGAUGCUCCUGCUAAAGUUAGAGAUCCAACAACUGGUAAAAUGUACGAACAUAGAAUGACAAACCUCGAGUUCAUUCUGUACUGGAUUCGUUCAGUAUAUACAAACAGUAGACCAGAUUCAAAAUUGGAUGAUAGCCAACUUUCACCGUCAGUAUUAGUGAUAGGUACACACCUAGGCAGCCUCAAAGGAAACGAACAAGAACAGAAAAAUAAGGCCGAAGAAAUAUUCUGUAAAAUUCGACAAGCAUUGGCAGGCAAACCUUAUGAAGCAAUGGUAUUCUCAACUUUCUUUGCUAUUGAGAAUAGCUUACCAUUCUCCAAGAGUAAUGCUUCUAGCAUCAUGAGCCAAAUCUUCAAAUUUGCUAAGAAGAUGGUCAGAAUUUUGCCCUUGAAAUGGUUGCAUGUCCAGCAUGAAAUCCAGAAGAAAAAACAGAAAAAUAUCUAUUUACCAACCAACAAGGUGAUUGAUUUAAUUAGCCAAUGUGGGGUCAAAGUUGAAGCUCAAAGGGUACUGCUCCUUGAGUAUUUACAUGACGUUGGUGAGAUCCUUUACUUUCCUGAUGAUGAAGACCUGAAGCGCAACAUUGUUUUAGAUUUAAUGAAAAUAGUUGAUAUGUUUAAAACUGUAAUCACUGUUAUAGACCCUGACUUACAGGGACCAGUAUUGAGAGACGCCUGGAGGAGAUUGGACUCCGGUAUACUAGAGGAACGUCUGUUGAGACAUCUAUGGAAGAAGUUCAAUUUCUCAAAAGAAACUUUUAACUUCUUCAUAUCUCUCAUGCAGAAGUUUGGACUGGUGUGUGAGAAAAAGCUUACAACGGGUGAUGAACGUGUUUUCUAUGUCCUUUCACGUUUAAAGCCUAAACGUGUAGAUUCAUCACCAACAGGAUAUGGAAGAUGUGCAGUUUCAAUUUUUCAUGACUUCAGCAACUAUUUACCUGACGAUGUCUUCCAACGUGGAGCAACUAAAUUCAUCGAUAAAUUUCAAGUAGAAGAUAAUGAAGCUAAACUCUCUUAUGAGCAUGUGGAGUUGAGCAUCGAUGAACUCCACCAUGUGGUACUAAAUGUAGCCACUAUCAAGCAUCGUCGUAUGCUCCAGACAACAAUCAUCAGAUUAAAGAUCAUCAAACCUGAUCAGCUUCCUGAGGAAGAUGAGCCCUCACCGACAGUAUGUAAGAAGGUGCUAAGUUUUCUAGAAGAGAAUUUAAAGGUAUUUUGUCAGAGUGGUGCACGCGGAGUCGAAUUAACAAAGUACAUUCAAUGUGAAUGUAGUCCAAAUAUGAAGGACGCCCACAUGCAUAUAGUGCACAAGUUUAAUAAGAAUGUGCUGCCAUGUGGAAGCGAUAGAAUGGAAGUGAUGCGCUACCGUCGAUUAUUUGAAGGAUAUGAGCCGCAAUUGCAAGAAAAAGAGAGUAUUUGA